AUAAUGCUGACGACUUAAUGGCUUUCGUAGUUUUAAGUGAAAUCAAUAUAUGUCGUACGUCGGAUUAUAAAUUGUAUGCCUAUGUUAGAUAUUGGCAGAAUUAUAAUGAUUUUAAUCCGACACCAAAGGAAAC